UACUACAACAACGACAAGGAGCGCUGGCCAAUGGGCUUCAAGGACAGUCUGUUGUGGAACGUUGACCCUGGAAUGACGUCAGACAUCCUAUAAAUAGUGGCGGCGGAGCGGCAACGACUCAUAAUCGGGCUCUUACUGCAGGUGGUUGAUUUGAUCCUGUGAGCGGAGAUGGCUCGUACCAAACAGACCGCCCGUAAAUCCACCGGCGGCAAAGCGCCCAGGAAGCAGCUGGCCACCAAAGCGGCCCGGAAAAGCGCCCCCUCCACCGGCGGAGUGAAGAAACCUCAUCGCUACAGGCCGGGUACAGUCGCGCUCCGAGAAAUCCGCCGAUACCAGAAGUCCACAGAGUUGCUUAUCCGUAAACUGCCCUUCCAGCGUCUGGUGAGGGAAAUUGCCCAGGACUUCAAAACUGACCUGAGGUUUCAGAGUGCUGCAAUUGGAGCUUUGCAGGAAGCCAGUGAGGCCUACUUGGUUGGCCUGUUUGAGGACACCAACCUGUGUGCCAUCCAUGCCAAAAGAGUGACUAUUAUGCCCAAAGACAUCCAACUUGCACGGCGGAUCCGGGGGGAGCGUGCUUAAACUCCGCUUCAUUACAUUUUCUCCAUACUAUUUUGAAGUGACAUUUAAACAAUUUCUAAAAUGUUAUUGGACUGUAAACUUGGCUUCUUGUGGAGGCUGGGCCUUUAUUUUGUAUUUUUGUUAGUAUCAAGUAUUGAUUGUGACUUAGUGGAAGUAGCAAAACAUUUUGUAAACAUUCCUUCGAACUCUUGGCUCAGGUUGCAAAAUAAAACAUUUGUAUCUUA